AUGUUCGACACACGGGAGACCGACCCGUUUUCGCUGGAAUGCAGCCCCGCGCAAGCCGACUCUGCAGCGCUGGACUGUUCCUAUGUGUUUACGACUCCCUUGAUCGAGCUGUUGGAUCUGGCAUUGGAAGUCAGCGGCGAGAUCUUCGUGCAGAUUGUACAGGCACUGGUGGUACUCGCCGCAGACGGCUAUCCACGUGCGAUACGUUCUACACCGGCUCGGCGGAAUGCGGCGCUGCGCGCCCACGACGGCAAUGCAGAGAAGGCGGCCUCCGAGGCCCUCGAGGAGGACGACUGCGCGGAAGAGCUACGUGAGCGGCUGCUGCGGCUGGUGCCGGUCGUAGGACUGCCGUCGUCAUUGCUGUACCCACUGUGGAAGCUGCUUCGCAGGACUUGCCUGGUGGCCAGCCUCUUUGGGCAUGACCUCCAGCAGGAGUCCGUUUUGGCCUCUGUCCUCUUAGCGGCCGCAGGACUUGGGGCAACGCCUUUAGGCGAGCGACGCCUGGAAAUGGCCGCCAAAGCACUCUGGCAGCGCAUCGCGGGGCGCUGGGUGCUUCGGGUGGACUCUGUCCAGGGUUAG